UGUACACAUAAAGAGAGAGAGAGCGAGAGAAAGAGAAAUAAAUCAACAACAUCAAUUACUAGCAAUUAAUUUUUGCCGAGCUGCCAAUAAAAAACAAGAAACAAAAACGGAAACAACUAAAAUCAAAUCAAGCAAACAAAAUGCAUGUGCCAUUUUAAGUACUAGAGAAAUUCAAUUUCUAAGCAGUAUCAACUAGUAACUAAGAAAUUCAAAAAGAAAAAAAAGAAGAAGUGGAAAACCAUCUGGACAACGUAUACAUAUGUACAUAUUUAUAUAUUUUAGAUCGUAGACAACAGCGCCAUUGAGAUUUGCACAAGCUCACACAUACACAGACACACACACCGCCCAAGCACACACAAACACAUAUACACAAAUCAAACACCUAAAAAUGGGCAAAGAUUAUUAUAAAACAUUAGGCCUGCCAAAAACUGCCACCGAUGAGGAGAUCAAAAAGGCCUACAGAAAAUUGGCAUUGCGCUAUCAUCCUGAUAAAAAUAAAGCCGCCAAUGCCGAAGAGAAAUUCAAAGAAGUUGCCGAGGCCUAUGAGGUGCUAUCGGAUAAAAGUAAACGAGAGGUGUACGAUAAAUAUGGCGAAGAUGGUCUAAAAAGUAAUGGUACUCGAAAUGGUGGCAGUUCGAAUAAUACAUUUACAUAUCAGUUCCAUGGUGAUCCACGUGCCACAUUUGCCCAGUUCUUUGGCAAUAGUAAUCCAUUUGCCUCAUUCUUUGAUAUGGGCGAUAAUCUGUUUGAUAAGAAUGUCUUUGAUUUGGAUACGGAACCAGAUUUCUUUUCAUCACCAUUUGGCGGAAUUGGUUCACGGCAUGGCCUAGGCAGUGCUUUCAGGCCCUCUUUCAGAUCACACUCCUUCAAUGUGCACACGCCAUUUAAGAAGGAACAGAAACAAGAUCCACCCGUCGAACAUGAUCUCUAUGUCACACUGGAGGAAAUCUAUCAUGGCUGUGUUAAGAAAAUGAAAAUCUCACGACGUGUUGUCCAGCCAGAUGGCAGCUCCAAGAAGGAAGAUAAAGUUCUACAGAUAUCAAUUAAGCCCGGUUGGAAAUCUGGCACCAAAGUCACCUUCCAAAAGGAAGGUGAUCAAGCACCCGGUAAAAUACCAGCGGAUAUUGUGUUCAUCAUAAGAGAUAAACCGCAUGCCAUGUUCAAGCGUGAGGGCAGCGAUUUACGCUAUACGGCGAGACUGACACUAAAGCAGGCUCUUUGCGGUGUUGUCUUUCAAGUUCCUACAAUGUCCGGCGAUAAAUUACGCAUUAGCACCAUGCAGGAGAUCAUCAAACCGAAUACAGUGAAACGUAUUCAGGGCUAUGGUUUACCCUUCCCAAAGGAUACAACACGUAAAGGUGAUCUGCUUGUGGCCUUUGAUAUACAAUUUCCGGAGAAAUUGACUGCCGCACAAAAGGAAGUGCUCAGGGAUAUGUUAUGAAGGAUGAUGAGCUGAGACCUUGAGAGAAGCACACACCCACACCCAAACACACACACACACACAAACACACUCAUCUAUACA